CGGGCCUAAGUCGAUGGGGGAGGCCCUCUGCGGGUGAGUCUCCAGCUACCCUGUCCCUCUUGCAGGGCAACUAUCGAUGAGGUGGAGACAGACGUGGUUGAGAUCGAGACCAAACUGGACAAGCUGGUCAACUGUGCAGUGGCAUGAUCGAGGCCGGCAAGGCCUACGUCACCACCAACAGGCUCUUCGUGAGUGGCGUCCGCGACCUGUCCCAGCAGUGCCAGGGCGACACUGUCAUCUCGGAAUGCCUGCAGAGGUUCGGAGACAGCCUGCAGGAGAUGGUCAACUACCACAUGAUCCUGUUUGACCAGGCCCAGAGAUCUGUGCGGCAACAGCUUCACAACUUUGUCAAAGAGGACGUGCGAAAGUUCAAGGAGACCAAGAAGCAGUUUGACAAAGUUCGGGAGGACAUGGAGCUGUCCCUGGUGAGGAACGCCCAGGCCCCGAGGCACCGGCCCCACGAAGUGGAGGAGGCCACAGGUGCCUUGACCCUCACCCGAAAGUGCUUCCGCCACCUGGCACUAGACUACGUGCUCCAGAUCAAUGUCCUCCAGGCCAAGAAGAAGUUUGAGAUUUUGGAUUCUAUGCUGUCCUUCAUGCAUGCCCAGUACAGCUUCUUCCAGCAGGGCUACAGCCUGCUGCACCAGCUGGACCCCUACAUGAAAAAGCUGGCGGCUGAGCUGGACCAGCUGGUGAUCGACUCAGCAGUGGAAAAGCGGGAGAUGGAACGCAAGCACGCGGCCAUCCAGCAGCGGACGCUGCUGCAGGACUUCUCUUACGAUGACCCCAAAGUGGAGUUUGAUGUGGAUGCGCCCAGUGGUGUGGUGAUGGAGGGCUACCUCUUCAAGAGGGCCAGCAACGCCUUCAAGACGUGGAACCGGCGCUGGUUCUCCAUCCAGAACAGCCAGCUGGUCUACCAGAAGAAGCUCAAGGACGUGCUGACUGUGGUGGUGGACGACCUCCGGCUGUGCUCCGUGAAGCCCUGUGAGGACAUCGAACGGAGGUUCUGCUUUGAGGUCGUGUCGCCCACCAAGAGCUGCAUGCUGCAGGCCGACUCAGAGAAGCUGCGGCAAGCCUGGGUUCAGGCUGUGCAAGCCAGCAUUGCGUCAGCCUACCGGGAAAGCCCGGACAGCUGCUACAGUGAGAGGCUGGACCGCGCAGCAUCCCCAUCAACGAGCAGCAUUGACUCUGCCCCUGACUCUCGGGAACGCAGCGUCAAGGGUGAGAGUGUGCUGCAGCGGGUGCAGAGCGUGGCUGGCAACAGCCAGUGUGGUGACUGUGGCCAGCCGGACCCACGCUGGGCCAGCAUCAACCUGGGUGUGCUGCUCUGCAUCGAGUGCUCAGGCAUCCACAGGAGCCUGGGUGUCCACUGCUCCAAGGUGCGGUCCCUGACUCUGGACUCAUGGGAGCCGGAGCUGCUGAAGCUGAUGUGUGAGCUUGGAAACAGCACCAUGAACCAGAUCUACGAGGCCCAGUGUGAGGGGCCGGGCAGCAGGAAGCCCACAGCCAGCAGCCCCAGGCAGGACAAGGAGGCCUGGAUCAAGGAUAAAUACGUGGAAAAGAGGUUCGUGCGGAGGCCACCCUCAGCACCAGCCCGGGAGGCCCCUCGGCGCUGUCGCGCGCAGAAGUGUCAACGCCACCACAGCUCCCCCCGUGUCCCCACUGCCCGCCGCAAAGUCCGGAUGGAGCCCGUCCUGCCUUCUGUGGCUGCUCUGUGCUCAGCAGGCUCUGUGGAGCCCAGGUUCCGCAGAGACUCCCUCUUCUGCCCAGAUGAGCUGGACUCCCUCUUCUCCUACUUCGAUGCAGGGGCUGCUGCGGCCGGUCCACGCAGUCUGAGCAGUGACAGUGGCUUAGGGGGCAGCUCCGACGGCAGCUCUGAUGUCUUGGCCUUCGGCGUGGGCCCUGUGGUGGACAGCGUCACCGAGGAGGAGGGUGCAGAGUCGGAGGAGUCCAGCGGUGAGGCUGAUGCUGACGGAGAGGCGGAGGCCUGGGGCCUGGCAGACGUGCGCGAGCUGCACCCCGGGCUAUUGGCACACCGUGCGGCCCGCACCCGCGACCUCCCUGCGCUGGCCGCGGCGCUAGCAUUCGGGGCCGAGGUCAACUGGGCUGACGCGCAGAACGAGGGCAAGACGCCUCUGGUGCAGGCCGUGUUAGGGGGCUCCUUGAUCAUUUGUGAAUUUCUCCUGCAAAACGGAGCGGAUGUGAACCAAAGAGACAGCCGGGGCAGGGCGCCGCUGCACCAUGCCACGCUCCUUGGCCGCACUGGCCAGGUCUGCCUGUUCUUGAAGCGUGGGGCGGACCAGCACGCGUUGGACCACGCGCAGCAGGACCCACUGAGCAUCGCAGUGCAGGAGGCCAAUGCAGACAUUGUCACACUGUGAGCGCAUGCAGGGGCGCUCG